AUGUUGAAUUAUUUAAUAGAUAUUUACGAAUAUUGUUCAAAAAUUUUUCCAACAAUUAAAUGUUUUAAAUCAUAUAAACGUUAUUCAUAUAAAAUUAAAUUACUUGCGCCAUCGAUAUUUAAUUUUCUUGUUGAUUUUGAAUCAUUUGAUAGUGAUGAUAAUGGUAGUUUUGCUGGUAAUAGUUUUAUUGGUGUUGAUGCAUUAUUAUUAUUUAUAUUUUGUUAUGUACCUUCAUUUGUUGUUGCACUUGAUUCAGAUGCAUGGCUACCAUCAUCAUCAUCAUCUAAUUUAUUAUUACCACUAUGA